UGAAUUGAUUCGAUUUUAUGCUUUUUUAGCCAUAUUGUCAUUAGACAAAGGGGAUGUGUGAGUUCACUUGUGUGUACAACUUUUUGGCAGCUUAAGUAACUUUUCAUGUGUCUUCUAUUCAAGCUUAAUGGAUCUUUAUAUUGAUGAAACACCUUUAAGUGACUCAGGAGCUCAUCAGAACUGAAAGAAGAGAUCCAACCUUCAAAGACUUGUGUUCCAGAAAAAGGUUUGUCUUUGAAUGAAGAUGGACUCCGAGAGUGAGAUAACAUUUCCAAGAAGUUCCUCAAAUAGUUUCUUUGAAAGGCUUCCAGAUGAAACAGACGCUUCUUCUGCUCUGCCUGCACUGAUCCARGAUGACGAAAGGUCAGAUGAUGUCUUCUUUCAACUCAGUCCUUCAGGCUGUGAAGCUCCUUUGCAGCCAUUAGAGGGAAGCACAGAUGCAACAGCCAGUAAUUCUGGUAUGACCCUUUCAAAUGGAGCAGCUGACGCCUCAUGUACUGAAGCUAAUCCUCACAGCUUAGACAGGCACCCUGGUGAGAAGCAACUAAUGACAGAACAGGACAAGAUGGAUAAAAGGAUGCUCAGUACAACUCAGUCUUCAAGGAAGUCUUUGGACAACAAUGACAAAAACUCAACACCUUAUCCGGAUCAAACAUCCAUGGAUGGCAAAGCUAGUCCAGUGGAAACAUCUUAUGAUAAACCUGGAAAACACCAUGAGGAUAACAGCUCCGAAGACGAAGACUCAAAUGACGGACAAGAAAUCAUUUUGAGUGAAGAGGAAAACUGGGGGGGAAACCAUGAAAACCGAGGAAGCUUCUCACAGCAAAUACCUCCAAAUGCUGAUAGAAACUCUGAAACUGAGACCUGUCUAAACAAGGAGGGUGACAAAACAAAUUCUGAGGAUGUAUGCUUUGAUAAAAAGGACUUCAAAAUAUCAAAAGAUCAACUAGACAGUGAAAGUGUUGAGACCAAUGCCCCAGCACUGUCUGGUCCUGCAAACGAGGAUGCAUUUGAAUCCCCUGACCCGUCUGUAUCUUGCAAAUUUAAACAAAAUACAGUGGAAGAAGCAACCAGUCAGCUGCAUGUGGACAGCUUCUCUGGAGAAGUGACCAGUGCCAUCGAGGAGCAUGUUGGCAGAUCUUUGGAUCACAACCUCACAUCUGACCACUUAAAGAGAGACAAUGGCACUGCACAAACACAAGCAGCACAACUCUUUAUCUGCAAAGAUUCUGAAGAAAUGUCUGAGCAACAAGAUGGAAGCUGGAGAAUAGCUACUGAUAUUCAUCAAGGYGAGCGACUGCUUCAUCGUCUGCAAAUGGUACAGCUACGACAUGAUGAGAUCCCAAACAUGACCCAGGAAACAGGCAAAGAGGUCAGAGUUGAGGAAGAAGAUAGGUUUAAAGAAGGAAGAAUGAAGGGAGAGAGUACAACAAGUGAAGAAGAGGAAGAGGAGGGUGAAUUAAAAACUGUGAAGGAAGAGGUGGCAAAGACAACCUUGACAGAGGACAUGAAUGAAGAAAAAGUUCAGACAAAAGCAAGGGCAUUUUUGUCCACAAUGCCAGAAAUCAUCCACCUCAACCAAAACAGGGAAGGGGAAUCUUUAGAUAAUCAGAGCAAAUGUUCCGCACCAUCAGAUUUGUCUCUUGACAACAUUCAUGAAACAUCCUGUUCCAAGGUACCUUUUAUUUCCACUGGUCACCGAUUAUCAGCUGCUGAAACAUCCAAGGAGAGGCAGAUCCAUGAGGUAGCCCAGGGUAAGCAGAACUUGCAGAGAACUGAGGGGGUUUUCAACCUUACCGAUGAUCCAGAUGUGCUAGAGAUUCCCUUCAAGACAAAUCUCUCUCUUGAAUCUCUCCUUGCUAAUGUUUGCACCAGUCAGCCCAGUCGGUGGCAAUUUUCUGAAAAAAAGAUGCAGAAAGAAAUAAGUCAGGAAAUACAAAGAGAACUAGUUCUGGUCAAUCAGGGUAAGAUCCCAGGAGGCUACAGCAGAGGGGAGGUUCGCCAGUUAAAGGAGACAAAGCAGCUGUUUGAGGCUUUCCAACAAGACAACACAAACGCCCCAACAAGGCACCAGAAACAUCCUGCCUCAGUAAUGAAAGGUGAUGUCUACCCAUCUGUCCUGGAGCGCACACACAGCCUUGAGAUGUUUUCUCUCAAGACAUGCUCUGUCUCAAGAACGCAGUCUCUCAGACUCAACAACUCUGAAACCACUAAAAGUGACAAAAAUCUGGAAAAUUUCAGAUCCAAGAGUCCGACUGGGGGUUCUCGAGAAAAAACACGUUUAUCCCCUUACUCUAAACAAGACAAACAACUACGACUCCACAGGAGCAUGGACUCAAUAAGCGGCGAAGCCUCUAUAUCUGCCAUAAAGACUAGGGACAAAACAAGAGAGGGAAGUCAGGAAUCCCCCAUUCUCAAACAAAACCCCUUCUUCAAGCUGCGUCCAGCCAUGGCCCUGCAACCAGGGGUGGAAAAGGACAUCCGGGAGGCCAAGGAAAGAGAAGAAGAGUUGCGAAAACAGAGAUGCAAACUAUAUGGGGAAUUCAGACAGAAAAGUGAAGAAGAAGAAGAAAGGUCUCGAUGUACACAGACCGUUGGAUCAGAUAGAAGGCUACAGUCGAGGGGAAAACUGGAGCGAGUCUGGCCACCACCCUCUAAAAGGGAUCAGAAAAAAUCUGAACAAACACAGCAGGAGGUAAAAGUUCACAGAGCAGGAGGUCAGAGGGCUCCUCUGUGGCAGCGCUGGGAGGCCGGCCUGAUCAAUAAAGCAGCACAGGAUGAAAACAAGUGAUGCUAGCCGUCCUGGUUAUGCAAGACAAAAAACAGAAUACUAAUUAUCUCCAGUGAUAGAAGCUCAGUUGAAACAAAAUCUGUAUUGAUGUAAAUAAGCUCAGAUAAAAACCUCCUAUUAGUUCCAAUUUAACCAUUUCCUGGUUCUUCUAGCACUUCUUCAUGUUUGUGUCAAAAUAUGCUUUGUUUUAUACAGUAUCUUUUGGCUAGUCUUGUUUGGCAGGUAAAUAAAACAAAAUAUCAAGUGUCA